GCACUGUGCGCAUGCGCGGGUCCUCCACGGACCGUUCGUGCUGCCCUCCUAGAAAGCGUGAAGUGGUUGUUUCCUUGACGGACUGAGUACGGGUGCCUGUCAGGCUCUUGCGGAAGUCCAUGCGCCAUUGGGAGGGCCUCGGCCGCGGCUCUGUGCCCUUGCUGCUGAGGGCCUCUUCCUGGGUCAUUCCUGGACCGGGAGCCGUGCUGGGGCUCACACGGGGGCUCCGGCGUGGACGACUCGGCGCCUGCGUGACCUCCCCGCCGGCGGAAUGUGGCGACUACGUCGGGCCGCUGUGGCCUGUGAGGUCUGCCAGUCUUUAGUGAAACACAGCUCUGGAAUAAAAGGAAGUUUACCACUACAAAAACUACAUCUGGUUUCACGAAGCAUUUAUCAUUCACAUCAUCCUACCUUAAAGCUUCAACGACCCCAAUUAAGGACAUCCUUUCAGCAGUUCUCUUCUCUGACAAACCUUCCUUUACGUAAACUGAAAUUCUCUCCAAUUAAAUAUGGCUACCAGCCUCGCAGGAAUUUUUGGCCAGCAAGAUUAGCUACGAGACUCUUAAAACUUCGCUAUCUCAUACUAGGAUCGGCUGUUGGGGGUGGCUACACAGCCAAAAAGACUUUUGAUCAGUGGAAAGAUAUGAUACCGGACCUUAGUGAAUAUAAAUGGAUUGUGCCUGACAUUGUGUGGGAAAUUGAUGAGUAUAUCGAUUUUGAGAAAAUUAGAAAAGCCCUUCCUAAUUCAGAAGACCUUGUAAAGUUAGCACCAGACUUUGACAAGAUUGUUGAAAGCCUCAGCUUAUUGAAGGACUUUUUUACCUCAGGUCACAAAUUGGUUAGUGAAGUCAUAGGAGCUUCUGACCUACUUCUCUUGUUAGGUUCUCCGGGAGAAACGGCGUUUAGAGCAACAGAUCAUGGAUCUGAAAGUGACAAGCAUUUUAGAAAGGGUCUGCUUGGUGAGCUCAUUCUCUUACAACAACAAAUUCAAGAGCAUGAAGAGGAAGCGCGCAGAGCUGCUGGCCAGUAUAGCACGAGCUAUGCCCAACAGAAGCGCAAGGUGUCAGACAAAGAGAAAAUUGACCAACUUCAGGAAGAACUUCUGCACACUCAGUUAAAGUAUCAGAGAAUUUUGGAACGAUUAGAAAAGGAGAACAAAGAAUUGAGAAAAUUAGUAUUGCAGAAAGAUGACAAAGGCAUUCAUCAUAGAAAGCUUAAGAAAUCUUUGAUUGACAUGUAUUCUGAAGUUCUUGAUGUUCUCUCUGAUUAUGAUGCCAGUUAUAAUACACAAGAUCAUCUGCCACGGGUUGUUGUGGUUGGAGAUCAGAGUGCUGGAAAGACUAGUGUGUUGGAAAUGAUUGCCCAAGCUCGAAUAUUCCCGAGAGGAUCUGGGGAGAUGAUGACACGUUCACCAGUUAAGGUGACUCUCAGUGAAGGUCCUCACCAUGUGGCCCUAUUUAAAGAUAGUUCUCGGGAGUUUGAUCUUACCAAAGAAGAAGAUCUUGCAGCAUUAAGACAUGAAAUAGAACUUCGAAUGAGGAAAAAUGUGAAAGAAGGCUGUACCGUUAGCCCUGAGACCAUAUCCUUAAAUGUAAAAGGCCCUGGACUACAGAGGAUGGUGCUUGUUGACUUACCAGGUGUGAUUAAUACUGUGACAUCAGGCAUGGCUCCUGACACAAAGGAAACUAUUUUCAGUAUCAGCAAAGCUUACAUGCAGAAUCCUAAUGCCAUCAUACUAUGUAUUCAAGAUGGAUCUGUGGAUGCUGAACGCAGUAUUGUUACAGACUUGGUCAGUCAAAUGGACCCUCAUGGAAGGAGAACCAUAUUCGUUUUGACCAAAGUAGACCUGGCAGAGAAAAAUGUAGCCAGUCCAAGCAGGAUUCAGCAGAUAAUUGAAGGAAAGCUCUUCCCAAUGAAAGCUUUAGGUUAUUUUGCUGUUGUAACAGGAAAAGGGAACAGCUCUGAAAGCAUUGAAGCUAUAAGAGAAUAUGAAGAAGAGUUUUUUCAGAAUUCAAAGCUCCUAAAGACAAGCAUGCUAAAGGCACACCAAGUGACUACAAGAAAUUUAAGCCUUGCAGUAUCAGACUGCUUUUGGAAAAUGGUACGAGAGUCCGUUGAACAACAGGCUGAUAGUUUCAAAGCAACACGUUUUAACCUUGAAACUGAAUGGAAGAAUAACUAUCCUCGCCUGCGGGAACUUGACCGGAAUGAACUAUUUGAAAAAGCUAAAAAUGAAAUCCUUGAUGAAGUUAUCAGUCUGAGCCAGGUUACACCAAAACAUUGGGAGGAAAUCCUUCAACAAUCUUUGUGGGAAAGAGUAUCAACUCAUGUGAUUGAAAACAUCUACCUUCCAGCUGCACAGACCAUGAAUUCAGGAACUUUUAAUACCACAGUGGAUAUCAAGCUUAAACAGUGGACUGAUAAACAACUUCCUAAUAAAGCAGUAGAGGUUGCUUGGGAGACCCUACAAGAAGAAUUUUCCCGCUUCAUGACAGAACCCAAAGGGAAAGAGCAUGAUGACAUAUUUGAUAAACUUAAAGAGGCCGUUAAGGAAGAAAGUAUUAAACGACACAAGUGGAAUGACUUUGCGGAGGACAGCUUGAGGGUUAUUCAACACAAUGCUUUGGAAGACCGAUCCAUAUCUGAUAAACAGCAGUGGGAUGCAGCUAUUUAUUUUAUGGAAGAGGCUCUGCAGGCUCGUCUCAAGGAUACUGAAAAUGCAAUUGAAAACAUGGUGGGUCCAGACUGGAAAAAGAGGUGGUUAUACUGGAAGAAUCGGACCCAAGAACAGUGUGUUCACAAUGAAACCAAGAAUGAAUUGGAGAAGAUGUUGAAAUGUAAUGAGGAGCACCCAGCUUACCUUGCAAGUGAUGAAAUAACCACAGUUCGGAAGAACCUUGAAUCCCGAGGAGUAGAAGUAGAUCCAAGCUUGAUCAAGGAUACUUGGCAUCAAGUUUAUAGAAGACAUUUUUUAAAAACAGCUCUAAACCAUUGUAACCUUUGUCGAAGAGGUUUUUAUUACUACCAAAGGCAUUUCGUAGAUUCUGAGUUGGAAUGCAAUGAUGUGGUCUUGUUUUGGCGUAUACAGCGCAUGCUUGCUAUCACCGCAAAUACUUUAAGGCAACAACUUACAAAUACUGAAGUUAGGCGAUUAGAGAAAAAUGUUAAAGAGGUAUUGGAAGAUUUUGCUGAAGACGGUGAGAAGAAGAUUAAAUUGCUUACUGGUAAACGCGUUCAACUGGCAGAAGACCUCAAAAAGUUACACGGGGCUGAGCACGGUGGCUCACGCCUGUAAUCCCAGCACUUUGGGAGGCCGAGACGGGCGGAAAACAAGGUCAGGAAAUCAAGACCAUCCUGGCUAACACGGUGAAACCUCAUCUCUAUAAAAAAUACAAAAAAAUUAACCGGGUGUGGUGGCAGGCACCUGUAGUCCCAGCUACUCGGGAGGCUGAGGCAGGAGAAUGGCUUGAACCCGGGAGGCGGAGCUUGUGGUGAGCCGAGAUCCUGCCACUGCACUCCAGCCUGGGCGACAGAGCGAGACUCUGUCUCAAAAAAAAAAAAAAAAAAAAGUUACAAGGAAUUUUUUUCUUCUCUGAACUAUUUGCAAGUAAGUUGCUGACCUUAAGUCCUAUCACUUCCAAGUAGGUUCAGGUAUAGUUCUUAGAAACAGAUUUUCUCAUACAAACGCUGAUAAAUUACAAUAUCUAAUUCUCAGACCCCUUUCAAGUUUCACCUGUUGUCCCAGUAUUAUCCCUCCAUGUAACAAGAUGUCCCAGGCUCAAUACCUGACCUAGCGUCCUUUUUUUGAAGAACAGUGUUUAGAAAUGGAGACCUAGAAAUUAUAUAUGCUCACUGUUAUUGGAAUAUCACUGUUCCCUGGUUUCUCAGUGGAAAGAGCUAGGAAGUAAGUGUUGUGUAUGUUUGUGUAUGUGCAGGUGAAUAUACACACACUGACAUCUGUAUUCCUAAAUCAUGUGUAUAUUUAUAUAUUAAAAACUGUGAGUUGAUGCUGAUACUUCCCAUUUUAAUCCAGCAUUACAGGGUUUGUUCUAGUAUUCUCCCUUUCGAUAUUUGUCACUCCCUUUCCUGAUAGAAAAGAGGCUUCUAGUAUCCUUAAUAUAUUUUCGUAUUUUGGUCAGUCCUCCUAUACAUAACCAAACUUGAAUGAGGACGUGUCCUUUUCCAUUGCAGAAAUGUUCUUUUUCCCCAGCUUGGACUCAACGCUACAUACCAGGCCACCACAUGGCGCCGCACCCAGCAUUGACACUUCUUUUACCUUGUCUGGGCUCUGACAUCCAUGCCAGGUUGCUCUUCUUCAUGGAGUCCUUUUUACUGAGCUCUGCUCUGACGCUUUGUGCCAGGUGCCUCCCCAUCUCCUCCUUCCCACCUGCUAGCCCCUGUCCGACCCCACACAGAUUCCCUCCUCACCUGAAGCCAGACCAUGCCUUUGUGGAGAUACCCUCUUUAUCCUGCCUGUGCUUCACCAGCCUGUACCAGGCCGCCCUCCUGCAGAGACACUCUCCUUACUGGACCGGGCUACCAACAGCCCCAUGUGAACCCAUUGAAACCCAGGUCAGGCAUUAACACCUACAGUAGGCUACCAUGGCUUCCCCUUCCCACCCUCCUAGCUUGGCCCUACUAAUAAUCACUUUGUCACUGUUUGGGGGGAUAUUUGGUUCUUUCUUGUAGGUUCCUAGCUUUAAGAUAGGAUUGCAUACUAAAAUUUACUUAGAUCUUUGAGAACUCAAGGAAAUCAGUGAAACAUUAUUGUUAUUAAAUAAAAAUAAAAUACCUGUAGUUGGUA